AUGCAGUUACCAUGCGAUGCUAUACAUAUUGAUGUUGGAGAAGAGGAAAGAGACAUUGUUGGUGAGAUUACUGGAGCUCAAAUAAAUGUCAAUGGCCAACAUGAUUGUGAAAACAUGAGCAUGCCACGAGGAGAAGAACCUAGGUUUUUAAAGUUACAUUCAACGGGGCAUUCUAUAGUAAUGAUUAGAGGUGAAGAGAAAGAUAAUCUGAAAUAUACUUUGAGAUUGCCUGAACAUGUUAUAAGGGGAUGGCACAACAGCUCUAAGAGUUGUACAACUUACAAUGAAAUGACAUUUACAGAGCUUACACCUUGUAGUAACUGUGGUUUUGUUAAACCAAUUGAGACUUUAGAUAUAGACUCAUAG